UGACCAGCGAGCACACGGUGGAGACCCUGGUGGUGGCCGACGCCGACAUGGUGCAGUACCACGGGGCAGAGGCCGCCCAGAGGUUCAUUCUCACCGUCAUGAACAUGGUGUACAAUAUGUUUCAACACCAGAGCCUUGGAAGUAAGGUGAACAUUCAGGUUACCAAGCUCGUCCUGCUACGACAACGGCCUGCCAAAUUGUCCAUUGGGCACCAUGGUGAGCGGUCCCUGGAGAGCUUCUGUCACUGGCAGAACGAGGAAUACGGAGGAGCCCGGUACCUUGGCAAUAAUCAGGUUCCAGGAGGGAAGGAUGAUACGCCCCCCGUAGACGCGGCUGUUUUUGUUACCAGGACAGAUUUCUGCGUACACAAAGACGAACCGUGUGACACCGUUGGAAUUGCUUACUUAGGAGGCGUGUGCAGUGCUAAGAGGAAAUGUGUGCUUGCCGAAGACAAUGGUCUCAAUUUGGCCUUUACCAUCGCUCAUGAGCUGGGCCACAACUUGGGGAUGAACCACGAUGAUGACCACUCGUCCUGUGCCGGUAGAUCCCACAUCAUGUCAGGAGAGUGGGUAAAAGGCCGGAACCCCAGCGACCUCUCUUGGUCCUCAUGCAGUCGCGAUGACCUUGAAAACUUCCUCAAGUCAAAAGUCAGCGCAUGUCUGCUGGUCACCGACCCCAGGAGCCGGCAUGCCGUCCGUCUCCCUCACAAGCUGCCAGGGAUGCACUACAGCGCCAACGAGCAGUGCCAGAUCCUGUUUGGCACCAAUGCCACCUUCUGCCGAAACAUGGAGCAUCUGAUGUGUGCUGGACUGUGGUGCCUGGUGGAAGGAGAUACGUCCUGCAAGACCAAGCUGGACCCUCCUCUGGACGGCACCGAGUGUGGGGCAGACAAGUGGUGCCGCGCAGGAGAGUGUGUGAGCAAGACGCCCAUUCCGGAGCACGUGGAUGGAGACUGGAGCCCGUGGGGUGCUUGGAGCAUGUGCAGCCGGACGUGUGGGACAGGAGCCCGCUUCCGGCAGAGGAAGUGUGACAACCCCCCGCCUGGGCCUGGGGGCACGCACUGCCUGGGAGCCAGUGUGGAGCAUGCUGUCUGUGAGAACCUUCCCUGCCCCAAGGGCCUGCCCAGCUUCCGGGACCAGCAGUGCCAGACCCAUGACCGGCUGAGCAGCAAGAAGAAGGGCCUGCUGACAGCAGUGGUGGUUGAUGAUAAACCAUGUGAACUCUACUGCUCACCCCUUGGGAAGGAGUCCCCGCUGCUGGUGGCCGACAGGGUCCUGGAUGGCACACCCUGCGGGCCCUAUGAGACCGACCUCUGUGUGCAUGGCAAGUGCCAGAAAAUUGGCUGUGAUGGCAUUAUCGGGUCUGCGGCCAAGGAAGACCGGUGUGGAGUCUGCAGUGGGGACGGCAAGACAUGCCGAGUGGUGAAGGGUGACUUCAGCCACUCUCGGGGCACAGGUUAUAUCGAAGCUACCAUCAUUCCAGCAGGAGCCCGGAGGAUUCGCGUGGUGGAGGAUAAACCCGCCCACAGUUUUCUGGCUCUGAAAGAUACCAAUAAGAGAUCCAUCAACAGCGAUUGGAAGAUAGAGCUCCCCGGAGAGUACCAGAUUGCGGGCACAACCGUGCGCUACGUUAGAAGGGGUCUGUGGGAGAAGAUUUCGGCCAAGGGACCAACCAAGAUCCCACUGCAUCUGAUGGUGCUGUUAUUUCAUGACCAAAAUUAUGGAAUCCAUUAUGAGUACACCGUUCCUGUCAACUACACUGCAGAAAAUCAGAGUGAACCCGAGAAACCCCAGGACUCUUUGUUCCUCUGGACCCACAGCGGCUGGGAAGGGUGCAGUGUGCAAUGCGGAGGAGGGGAACGCAGAACCAUCGUGUCCUGCACACGGAUUAUUAAUAAGACCACAACUCUGGUGAAUGACAGUGACUGUCCUCAAGCAAGCCGUCCAGAGCCUCAGGUCCGAAGGUGCAACUCACAUCCGUGCCAGUCACGGUGGGUGGCAGGCCCAUGGAGCCCCUGCUCAGCUACCUGUGAGAAGGGGAUCCAGCAUCGUGAGGUGACCUGUGUAUACCAACUGCAAGACGGCACUCACGUCACCACACGGCCCCUCUACUGCCCAGGCCCCCGGCCGGCACCAGUGCAGAGCUGCGAAGGCCAAGACUGCCUGUCCAUCUGGGAGGCAUCUGAGUGGUCACAGUGCUCGGCCACCUGCGGCAAAGGGACACAGAAACGAACUGUGACAUGCACCAAUUCACAAGGAAAAUGCGAUGCAUCCACGAGGCCCAAAGCAGAGGAGGCGUGUGAGGACUACUCAGGCUGCUACGAGUGGAAGACUGGAGACUGGUCCAAGUGCUCCUCGACCUGCGGGAAGGGUCUGCAGUCCCGCGUGGUACAAUGUAUGCACAAGGUCACCGGGCGCCAUGGCAAUGAGUGCCCCGCCCUCUUGAAGCCCGCUGCCUACAGACAGUGCCACCAGGAAGUCUGCAAUGACAAGAUCAACGUGAACACCAUCACCUCCCCUCGCCUCGCCGCCCUGACCUACAAAUGCACACGGGACCAGUGGACGGUGUACUGCCGGGUCAUCCGAGAAAAAAACCUCUGCCAGGACAUGCGGUGGUACCAGCGCUGCUGCCAGACGUGCAGGGACUUCUAUGCAAACAAGAUGCGCCAGCCGCCUCUGCCAUCGCUGAGCUCAUGA